GGAUCCUAAUGCAUGCUCGUUUCAUUUGCACAUUGCCCAUUGGUGCAUGUAUCUGUACACAGCAGAGAAUGACAAAAGAGAAACCCUCACAAAGAGGACAUAGGGAGGAAAAAAUUAGGGAUACCAGGAGAAGUCGAGCAGCAGAUGUUUUGCAGUCCACCCACGAAAGAUGAACCGCGAACCACGCAUGCAACCCUGGUACGAGCGCAUCAACGACAGCAGACUGCUGGCCUCCCCUCAUACAAACAGCCCCCACCUGAGAAGAGUGUGACCAGCAACUUCGACUCACUCCGAUCCCUUUGACCGACGAUCCAGUUUCCACCUGUGUGCCCGUGCGACGAACUUGGCAGACGUCACUCAAUUGCUCUGGACUAUGCAGGGCUCGGCUGGUAUCGCAAGCUUGUUCUCCGACAAAUUCAUGCCCUAUUGACAAUCUCUCGAGAUCAUCAUCAUUGCACCUGCACCCGUCUGCGGUCUACAGGUAGGUGACAAGCAAGCAUGUUUCGGUCAGUGUGCUAUGCAAUACCCAGUCCGAGUCAUUUCACAAAGCCCGCGGCAGCAGUACGGCUUUUAAUACCGGGAAACGUAGACAUCGAUGUCCACGCACAAACCACUCACUGGGGAGUGAGGGAUUCGUUAUCGGGGGAGGUGGUCAACAUGACCUGCAUCUCG